UAUUAUUUAUUUAUUUAUUUAUUGCAAAAUACGGAGUAGUUAUUAUCAAUCAAACCUUCUGCGAUAAGGAGCAGUUAUUAUCAUCCAAGACAUCGACCACCGCAAUUUGGCCUGAUGCAGCUUUGGCAUCUUUAUCUGAUCAAAUUCGCCGAAACGACUUGAAUUCUCCCCCGGAAUCGGCCUUAACAGGGCACGGGCUUCACCAGACGGUUUUUCUCAUGAUAAGCCUCGAUCUUUUGCCAUGGAAAUGCCCGAUCAUGAUUUCCGGCGGCAUUACGACUUCGGGUUUUGUCAUUAAAUGGUCUUGAAUCGAUCGAAUUCAUCGCCCGCGUGUUUUAUGUCGGUUUCUAACGGUGAACAUCAAUGUAGAUCGAGUCGAGAUGACGUACGAAGCGGCGACGGCAGCAGCAAUGAGGAGGCAGGCGGCGCUGGCGGUGGGGGAAUCAAUACCAAUCAGCGAAUAGAGGGGGAUGGUAAUGUUGAUAAUAGGAAGGGUGGGAAAAAAUCCCCUCUUUUCUGCUUCAGAAAGGUGAAGAGGAGUGCGAAGAGGAGUAAGCAGAGGAGCAGCACUUCGUGUGUUCCGGGGUGCUUUGGGCUAGCGGCGCUAGGUAGCAGUGGUGGGGAUUGUUGCUUGUGCUUAAAGCCUCCGCAGACUGCAGAUUCGUCAAGCGAGUCACAGACAAGUGACCCUAACAGCCCGAACUUUAGUCGUGCGAUGCUGAGAGGCUUGAUUGAGAAGAAUGAUUUUUACUCCAAAGAAUGCAACCCUCAUUAGGGUGUUCCAUUUGCGCCUUCUUGCACUCAUUGAAAUUUGAUGAAUGAGUUUUGAAUUAUUCACUCCCAUUUUGAAAUUGUAGGCUUCACUCUGCAACAAUAUCUAGAAGUUCUUGAAGGUUCAUCACGUCUCCAUCGCUGAACCUGACAUUUAUUCGUCUUUUUGCACAGCAUUCCUUGUGUACCUAUACUGUUCAGAUCUGUCAACAUGCCUUAUGUGAAGUACAUUUAUUUGGAGAUUGUUAUUGAUUCCACUUGUUGGUUAUGUGGUUGUGCGGAAUAUGUUUCAGUGUGAGUGUGGUACUACUAUUACACCAGAUUUUCUUGCCAGCUGCCACUGCCAAGUCUAGGGGUUAUGCAUAUAUGAUUGUAUUGCUCAUUUUCCCAAGGACUAUGAAGUGUGAGUUCUAAUGUUGUGAUAGUGCUACAAUACGGAUUUUAUUAUUGUUCUCGAAAACUGAAAAAAGGCAAUGUGAAAACUCAAAAGCUCAUAUUUUGGGGAGUUUAUGGCUGGUUAGGUUCUUGGAACACUUAUGAGGCUGAAAGGGUUGGAGCAAUUGAGACAUUAUCUCAUUGAGUUGAUCACUUGAUUGGAAUGUUAGAUUACUAUUUACAUGGACCGAGGUGGUAUGCUACGGAUAAUUCUGAGGGGUGCAGAUCAACUUUGUGAUACAAUUGCAUUCUUUUGGGUGUACUCAUGACCUGGUUUAUCCAUAUUAUGUAGAAUUGGGAUCAUUACUGAUUCCAAUUUCUAGAAUUCCUGUUUAUUGUGAUUGCAUCCUUCUUAUUCUUUAUUUGUAAAGAUAACUACUGUAUUUUGAUGUGUAAAUGCACACAAGUAGAUUGCUUUUUGGAAAAUGAAUAAAUAUGUCGCUUUGAGAGUUUGAAG